UAAACAUUUUUUAAUAAAACUUUAUAUUUAAUAAGAAUUUCAAAACUUCAAAACAAGAAAAAAAAAAUUAAAAACUAAAACACAACACAAUUUCCCAAGUCACUCCAAUAAUUGCUGUCACCACCAAGGCUUAUCUGAGGUCCACAGCUUUUGCAUCCAACUCUCCACUUCAUUUCGGGGAAAAAAAAAAAAAAAUUUCUUCAUCCUUUCCUAGUUACCAUGUGGAACAGCCUCCACUCUGAUCUCCUAGCCUACAUCUUCUCCCUCCUCUCCACUGAUUCCUUAGCCACUGCGAGUGCAGCCUGCAGACACUGGCACAGGUGCGCCAAGUCCCAUUCUCUGAGCAGCCCAACCUCCCACCACCCACCGUGGUUCAUAGCCUUCCCCGCCCGCAACCGCAGGCUCUCCUGUUACGCCCACAACCCUGUCUUCCACAAUUGGCACGAACUCGAUCUCGACUUUCUUCCCCAACACCCCCGCCCUGUUUCAUCCAUCGGAAGCCUGAUCCUAUUUAGACCCGCCACCUCUACACCCCUCCAAUUAGCCAUUUGCAACCCAUUCACCAGACAACACUGGCACCUUCCAAGGCUAAACAUCAUCCGCACAAAUCCGGCCGUGGGCGUCAUCGAGCUAAGCCCAAACCCACAUCCUCAUUUCCCCCAUUUCCGGCUCUACGUCGCCGGCGGUAUGUCCGUCGCGCCGGGCGGCGGCUCGUCAUACGAACCCACCUUGGAAAUGUACGACUCGAAACCCGGCUCUUGGCAAAUCGUCGGAACCGUACCGGCGGAAUUCGCGGUCCGGCUCACGGUUUGGACCCCGAAUGAGAGCGUGUACUGCGACGGUUUUCUGUACUGGAUGACAUCCGCUCGCGCCUACAGCGUAAUGGGCUUUGAGAUUGGCGCCAACGCCUGGCGGGAACUGAACGUGCCGUUGGCGGACCGACUCCAGUUCGCCGCGCUAGCGCGGCGGAACGGGAAGCUUACGCUUGUGGGAGGCACCAGCGGCGGGAAUGCGUGCGUGUGGGAACUGGGAGAGGGAGAUUCAUGGGUUUUGAUUGAGAAGUUGCCGGUUGAACUGGGGAAGAAAUUUUUAGCGGGGAAGGGGAACUGGAGUAAUACAAAGUGUGUGGGCGGUGAUGAGGCAGUUUGCUUGUACAGGGAGCUUUGGUCGGGCAUGGUGGUUUGGAGGGAGGUCGUGGAGAAGGGAAGGUGGGAAUGGUUUCUUGUUGAAAGGUGUUGUUCUAUUAGGGGAAAACCAGUGCAAAAUUGCGCCAUAAGAGGAAUGCUAAUUCACCCAAGUCUUGCCCGCUAUCAUUCUCAGUGAACAUUGGUCGAACGCCUUGUGUGCAUUAGAGGAGACUGCUGUCCACGACCUCCUACGCUUCUGUCUUAAGUCUGCAUUCAUUGGGGGAGAUCUUCGUAAGGGCCCUACGCUUGUCCCAAUAAUGAACCAAAGCAUGCAUCAAUCGGCUCGUCCUCGUUUGUCCCACUUGGCAAGUGGCUGGUUGGUGCACAGCGCAGAGUAAUGAAUACGACAUUAUUUAUUUGCAAAGAAUUGGGCGGUGUGCAAUAGACAGGAGAAUGCUUGAAAAUAAUGUUAUCAAUUGGGAGGAAUUAUAUGAAUAUUUAGAUCUAUAUUAAAAUGGGUCUACUAAAA